CAGGGACGUGUCUGUGCUCCUGCGUGUGACUAGGGUGAGUGGCAACCUGGGAUACCAGAGAGGCUGACUACACUCCUGCCAGCAUGUCUUGCCAGCAAAACCAGCAGCAGUGCCAGCCCCCUCCCAAGUGUCCUCCCAAGUGUACCCCAAAAUGUCCACCUAAGUGUCCCCCCAAAUGCCCACCCCAGUGCCCAGCUCCAUGUUCCCCUGCAGUCUCUUCCUGCUGUGGUCCCAGCUCUGGGGGCUGCUGUGGCUCCAGCUCUGGGGGUUGCUGCAGUUCUGGGAGUGGUGGCUGCUGCAUGAGCCACCACAGGCCCCGCCUCUUCCACCGGCGCCGGCACCAGAGCCCAGAUUGCUGUGAGAGUGAAUCUUCUGGGGGCUCUGGCUGCUGCCACAGCUCUGGGGGCUGCUGCUGACCUGGUCUUCAGAGGAGCUCUUGGGACUGAAUGGUCAAGAACCUGCUGCACCCUGAUAGAUAUGCUUUCUGCUUCCUCUCAUUCCAUUCAUUGGUGUGCAGAGACCACAAAGACUCAUGGGGCUUCCCUGGAAUAACUUCGUGCUUGAUGGAGCACCCCAAUUGCAGUCUUCUUUUCCUCCUUUACCUCGUGUUAUAAUAAAGCUCUGA